GUGAGCCAGUGCUGCAAAACGCCUUCGAAACGAUUGUCAAGUGCGGUGCAACGCGCACAAGAUCACCUACACACUGGCCAUCUCGCUCGCACUCAGGCGUUGUUAAGCAAAUAUAUCAGAAUUGUUGGUUGGCUGUCGCGUAGCAAAACAGAAAAUAUUUAGUCGUUGCUUAAGGAUAAGCGAAGAAAUACAUAAAAUAGAAUAGGCUAUUUUAAUUAGGCAAAUCGCAAAUAUAUGUAUGUAUAUAUGCAUAUUGUGGUAUAUAUAGUGGAAACACUGAACAACAUAUAGAAAGACUGACGUUGCCGCUGUUAAAUAAAGCGGCAGUGUACUUAAUUUUUGACAAACGAAAACAAACUCAUAAAUCACGACAUGGAGCAAACGAAAAGCUAUCUUUUGGACAAAUACCAAGGGUUAUGUAAUUACAUGGAGCGAGACACCAUUGGCACGGAAUUAACUAUUUAUGGCACCUCAACCUUGAUGCUCCUGAUUGCCUAUGCAAAGAGGAAGCCGGCGUAUUUGGUGCGACAAUUUAAGCAGCCCUCACAUAUACCAGAGCGGAUUAUCAACGAGCGUGUGAUGCACACUGGUAAAAUCCAGGGGGUGCAGCAGCGUGAUCAGGACACGUUGCUGAUGAUCAAGCACCGCCCUCUCAUACCGAUCUUCACGAGCCGCAAACGCUUGCUGCCGGUCAAGUUGCCAGGUGUGCGGGUCAAUGCAAACGGCUUUUCGUGGCUGCAACAAUGUCUGAUUGGACGCGAGGCCACCUUCAUACCGCUAAACAAGAGCUCUACACAGGACUAUGUGGUGUGUCAGCUGUGUCUGGUGCAUCCACCGAAAGGAAAUCGAUUGUUGGAUGUGUCGGAGACAUUGCUCAAGUUGCGGUUUGCCAAAUACGCGCAGGAUGUUGCUGCGAGCUUGAAACGGAAUGAUAAAUAUUACAAGCACUUGCGCCAAGUGGAGAGCAGUACGGCUACGAAAGAGGCGUGGCUGGCAUGGGCGGCUCGCUACCCUUUCAUUUGGCAGCGUCUUAACGAACUAAAGGCUUCGCUGUUGCCCAAGCAGAAGUUGUUGCCGGAACUGGUGCGCUGAGGAGACAUUAGGAGACAUCGUGGCGAGUGCUAAUUAUAGUUCUUAAGCUCGUUAGACAUACAGACAGACACUCAUCAAUUGCCUUUACAAACGUUGAACGUAGAUUUACGUAAUGUUAUGUUAACUUAAUUCUAAGACCGCGUCGCGCUACGCAAAACCAACCACUCAAAUAUUGUACGUGAUUUUGUGCUAAUUCUCCUGAAAUUUGUGUAAACAACAAAUGUGGUAGUUGUCUAUGCCUGCGACCUGCUUGCCUGAUGACAUCAGUGUGUAUGUGUGUAGGCUUGUAUAUGCAUUGAAUAAAAAGCUAUAAUGUUUUUAA